AUGGCAGAAGCAGUACUGUCAGUUAUUGAUGAGUAUUCACUAUGGUCGAAGAUUGGUUACUUUAUGCUUGAUAAUGCAUCUUCCAAUGAUGUUUGCAUAUUAUCCGUCUGCCAAAAGCUUGAGUUAGCUGAUGGCUUGAUGCAGAAUCAUUUGAAAUCGAUGUCUCUGCAGCUCAUCAGUUAUCAAACGAGCAGCGUGAACUUGAACUUUGGCGGCAUAAAGGUCCAGUUGGUAAACUUCACAACACUGUUCACCAUAUACGCAGAACGCCCCAACGGCGAGAGGAGUUUUUCUGAAUCCAACGGCAAGAAGGAUUGGAAAUUGAGCAGCUGA